CCCCCUUCUUCUCAUUUUAAAGGCAACUCCCCAAUUCCUUUUCUCCCACCCCUACUCUCUCUCUCUCUCUCUCUCUCUCUCUCCUUGUCUUUUGGUUUUCCUAGUCCAGUAUCUUGAUUUGAUCGGUUUAAUCGUUACUCGAUUCACCACAUGGCUGAAGAAACCCACAAAACGGCGGCCGCCUCAGAGCCAGCAACAGACGAAGUCGUGGUGGUUUCCGAUGUGCCAGAGGCGGAGGAACCUUCCGUAGUAGAGAAAGAGGCGCCGCCGCCGGCUCCCGAGCCGGAGCCGGAAGCUGCAUCGGAGAAACUAGCUGCGUUGGUGGAGGAAGUGGUGGAGGCCAAGGGGGACGAGGAGAAGAUCACCGAAUCGGCGUCGUUUAAGGAGGAGACCAACGUGGCUGGUGAGCUCCCGGACCCACAAAAGAAAGCCCUAGACGAGCUGAAACUGCUCGUUCAAGAAGCGCUUAAGAAGCACGAGUUCACCGCCCCGCCGCCCCCUCCGCCGGAAAAAGAGGAGGAGAAGCCGGCCGAGGCGGCCCCACCGGCUGAGAAGGAGGAGGAGGUGAAAGAGAAAGCUACCGAAGAAGAACAAAAACCCGAGGCAAAGACCGAAGUCCUUGAUGGUGCUCAGGGUGGGGUUGUGGAGGAAGAGCCUCCAAAACCUCUACCUCCACAACCCGAGCCUGAGGCGGCUGUUCCUCGGGCUCCGGUUUCAGAAGAGGAGGAGUCAACACCUGUUCCUCGGGCUCCGGUUUCGGAAGGAGAGAAAUCAGAGCCCGAGGCAGCACCUGCUCCCAAGCAGGUGGUUGUGGCUGAGGUAGUGGAAACUGUCACCGCUGCCGUCACAGUGGACGACGACGGUGCCAAGACAGUCGAAGCAAUCGAGGAAACAAUCGUUGCCGUUGCCGUCGCCACCGUCCCGGCUCCUCCUCCGCCGGCAGAAGAAGAGCCCUCCGCCACGGUCGAGGCCGUUCCUCCUCCGCCGCCGGAGGAAGUGUCCAUAUGGGGAAUCCCCCUCCUCGCCGACGAGCGAACGGACGUAAUCCUCCUCAAAUUCCUCAGGGCCAGAGACUUCAAAGUGAAAGAAGCCUUCACCAUGCUCAAGAACACCGUCAAGUGGCGAAAGGAAUUCGGAAUCGAAACCCUACUGGAAGAAGACCUAGGAACAGAGCUUGAGAAAGUGGUUUUCAUGGACGGGUUUGACAAAGAGGGGCACCCAGUUUGUUACAACGUGUACGGGGCGUUCAACAGCAAGGAGUUGUAUAUGAACACUUUCUCUGAUGAGGAGAAGAGGCAGAGGUUUCUGAGGUGGAGGAUUCAGUUCUUGGAGAAGAGUAUUAGGAAGCUUGAUUUCAGCCCAGAUGGGAUUUGCAGCUUUGCUCAGAUCAAUGAUUUGAAGAAUUCUCCUGGGCCAUUUAAGAGGGAGCUGAGGACGGCUACUAAUCAGGCACUGCUUUUGCUUCAGGAUAAUUACCCUGAGUUUUUGGCCAAACAGGUAUUUAUCAAUGUUCCAUGGUGGUACUUGGCCUUCUAUAGGAUGAUCAGUCCUUUCUUCACCCAAAGGACCAAGAGCAAGUUUGUUUUUGCUGGCCCUUCAAAAUCUGCAGAAACCCUCUUCAAAUAUAUUGCACCUGAACAAGUACCGGUACAGUAUGGUGGCCUUAGCCGGGAGGGUGAAUUCACAACCACUGAUGCUGCCACGGAGGAGAUUAUCAAGCCGGCUACCAAGCACACUGUCGAAUUCCCAGUUUCUGAGGCAUGCUCUUUGGUUUGGGAGGUGAGAGCCGUUGGAUGGGAGGUGUUCUAUGGAGCUGAAUUUACGCCUGAAACUGGAUACACCGUGAUCAUACAGAAGUCUAGGAAGAUUUCAGCAUCCGAGGAAACAGUGAUCUCCGAUAGCUUCAAGGUCGGUGAACCGGGCAAAGUGGUGCUCACAUUUGAUAACCAAACUUCUAAGAAGAAGAAGCUCCUAUUCAGGUCCAAGAUUAAGCCCUAUGAGUGAGCUUGAAUUUGCAUUUCUGGCUUAACUGGGAUUUCAAAGUCAAAUCAUUCAUUAGAAGGAAGCCAUUGGAGAUGCACAAUAAGAAGGGUUCUUUUGUUACUUCAACACAGUUUAUUAUUAUUUUUUUCUUUUUUUGGUGGAAAUUAUUUUCAAUUAUGAAUUCUUAGAAGUACUGGGGUGUUAUUUAUAUAUUUGUUGGGAUUUUUUUGUCGGGUUUUUUGGUUUGUUUUGUGAAAAAAGCUUGUGAAUUGGGUAUGCUGGAUGAGAGAAGACGACAUUUUGAGAUAUACAGAAGGGGGUUGGAAAUGUGCGGGCAUGUGGACAGGAAAAAUAUGUUACCAUUGUUUAUACUCCGCCUGUAAAAUUUAUUUGUGUAAUUUUGAUGAUCUCUCUCUCUCUC